AUGUCGACUAGAUCCUAUUCAACAGAUGAUGUUCGACAUGUUGAUGCACACCGAUUGCUGGAACAUAUCGGUGGUUAUGGUAUGUACGAGAUGAUAAACUUUACUUUGGUUACUACGGUUAACUUUUACUACGCGGCAGCCAUGUUUGUGAUGAGUUUUAUCGAGGAUGAUCCUCACUUGCUUUGUGUUUCAAAUCAGACCGAUUGGAAGGUGAAGGAUCAGUGUGCUGUAGUUGGGAGGGAUUACGGUAGGUUUAUGUUGUUUUAGGUGUAGUAGGGUUAGGAUAUCAGUAGAAAUAGGCGUACUAGGACGUAAUAGUACUAGGAUAAGCUUUUGUUUAUAUAAAAUAAUAAACAAAAUUAGUUUUUACGAUUUUAUGUUGUUACACUUGAUAUUAUGAUAGGCUUAUAUUACAGUAGAAGAACGGUGUGAUUAUUCAAAGAAAGCUACCUUAUAUGUGUUGGACAAAGGGCCUGUGGAGAGUCUAUUUCCAUUAGUAAGCCAUUUUUAAUCCAUUUUGUAUUUUACAACUUUUUUAUUUUUUCGUAUCUUAUCAACUUUUUUAUUUUUUCGUAUAACUUGUCAUCCGCAGGCUGCAGGAGAACUUGUUUUUAAGUUAAAGUGUUUUAGCUGGGAUUACUGUGCAGUAGUGGCUUGGUCAAGGAAUUUGGACUGACUUUUUUUACUGUUGGUAAGUUUUUAAAAUUUGUUUUUGAGCUUUCAGGUUCUAGCGAUAUUAAACUAGGCAUUUGAUGGAUAAUAUAGCCAAAAAUGCUUAUUUAUGUCAUUCUAAAAUGAAUUUAAGGAUGAUAAUAUCAAUUUUAGGAGCCUUUAUCACAGUACCAUUCAUAUCAAUGGCGGCGGAUCGCUUCGGCCGCAAAAGUGUCAUCCUAAUCUGCAUUAGUGUCAGUUCAAUGGCAAAUCUACUGGUAUAUGUGACAAACAACGCCUACAUCUUUUGGAUACUGCGAUUUAUAAUCGGUGCAACUUCAGAUGGCUACCUAACUAUAGCCAAUAUUUUGUCAACGGAAUUGGUGGCCCAAGAUGUUCGGGAUUGGUAUGGAUUACUGUAUAAUGUGUUCUGGUCUGGAGGAUUACUGUACACUAGCCUACUGUCAUUGUUCAUACGAGACUGGAAAAUGUUUUAUUUGGUGGCUUGUUUACCGUCGUUGAUAUUUUUUCCGGUUUAUGCUUUGUGAGUUUUAAAUUUUUCCCCGAGUUUUUGAUUUUGGCGGGAAAAUUGAAAUUUGAUUUUUUUUUGUAUGUUUUAAGGGCAUAAAAUGUCUUUUAGGCCUAAAAAGUGAAUGAUAUUGGUUUAAAAUGUUGUUUUAUUCAAGUUUUGACUAUUUUUUACGUUUGAAACAGAAUGUCAAGGUUGGCGGGAAAAUGUAAAUUUGAAUAUUUCUGACAUAUUUUUACGUUUUUAGGUAAUAAAAUAAUGUAUUACUGUUUGAGUACGGUUUAAAAUACAUUUUUGAUUAUUUUGGUAAUAUGGAAAUUUUUAUGUUUCAAAAAAUAAUUUUUGGCGGGAAAAUUUAAAUUUGAAAAAUUUUACAAAAAAAUGAUGGAAAAUCGCUUGAAAUUAAAAAAUUUUUAAUAAAAUACGUUUCAGAUGCCUACCAGAAACCCCACAUUGGCUAUGUGAACAUAAGAAGUUUAGACAACUAUGGGAUUAUGUCAAAAUCAGUGAGAAUUUUAAUGCACGGUGCAUAGACCUGGCCGAUUGUAUGAAGAGCGAAAAACGAAAAAACAUUGUAAAGUGUACCAAAAGUCCCAUACGGCAGAUUUAUGAGGCCUUUGUGUUCAGCAAGCUGUUUUUAGCUCAGAUGUUGAUCAACGGCUUUAUUCAGUAAGUAAUGGCGUUUUUAUGGAUGUAAUAACAUGUUAUAGUAGAGUAGGUGUAGGUAUGUGAUGGGUAAAAUAGUGAAGAGUUGUAGAUUGGUAAUUAGAUGUUAUUUUUGGCAUUUUUGAUCUUUAUUUGAAUAUUUUGAUCUUUAUUUUGUUAUUUGUCACUUAUUGUCAUUUGUCACGUUUGCCAACAGUUUAAGGCCUUGUGCAGCCUGCGCAACCAUUUUAUACGAUCAAACAUGUUUUUGUGGAACUUUUUAAAAAAUUUUAAAUUUUUAUAAACAAAGCCGAAUCAAGAAGCGUAUUUUACUAAAAUUUUUCAAUUUUAAAAUUCCAGGUUUGUACUAGCCCUAUUUUACUUUACCGUAACCCUAGAAAGUACCAAGCUGACGGAUGACGGAUUCAUUGGAUUCGCACUGUCAGCUGGAAUUGAAUUACCAGGAGGUAUCCUAACGUUGCCGGCUCUAAAAUACUUUGGUAGACGGACGUGCACAUGGGUAUCGUUAUGUCUACAAGGCGUUUUUAUAGCACUGUACCCAUUUACACCCUGUAAGUGGAAUUUUAAAGGCUUUUAUAAAGAAAGUUAUUGAGGUUUUUUUAAAGUUAUUUGUUUCUGGUAUUGCGUAUUUUACAAUUUUUAUGAAAUUCUUGCUUUUUUUGCAUUUUUGACACUGUAGCAUUUUCCAAUAAUUUUUGUGACAUUUCGUCAAAUUUCCAAAGUUAGUCUUAAAACAAUAAUAUUAAUUUUAAAAACGCAUUUCAGAUGCUUGGUUAGCGAUUUCCUUUAACUUGAUAUCAAAAAUCUUUAAUGGAAUAGUGUACAGUAGCCACCCGCUACUAUUGACCGAGAUGAUACCUACAGGCAUGAGAACAGCUAUGUACUCGUUGGUCAACAUACCACAGUCAUUUGGCAUUAUUGGAGCGCCGUAUCUAAAGUAUUUGGUAGGGUUUUUAAUUUUUGGAAAGUUUGACGAAGUGUCACGAAAAGUAUUGGAAAAUGUAACGAAGUGUCACAAGAACUAUAGGUUUUUUAAAAAUGAUUAAAAGUUGUGAAAUUUGUAUAAAAAGAUGGCUGUGUUAAUACACUAUUUUAGUUAGAUGAGACGAAAUGUCACAGAAAUCUUUUUCCAAUAAUUUUUGUGACAUUUUGUCAAAUUUUUGAAAAAGUUGUAAAUAGGUCUAAAAAGCUGAAAUACCUUUAAAAAUGAUAAAUAUUAGUGUUUUUUUUAGCAAUUUGGCACGACGUAUGUAAUGUACAUGAUAUUGGCAGUAAUAUCGAUAGCAGCUGGACUACUGGCCUUAAUAUUACCGGAGACAAAAGGACGAAGGUUACCUGAACAUAUCAAUGAUCUGAUGCAUAGUUCUACCGAAAAAACGUCUUGA